AUGCCAGAAAUCGUUCUGGAACCCCUCGUUCCCUUGGAAGCGAGGGACGACGCCCUCAGCGGCGACAUCGUCGACCCCCCCGCACUCCCCGCCGACGAGCGCCCACACUGGGGCAUCGUCUACAUCCACCGAGACCUCCUCCACCUCCUGCUGCCGCAACCCCCUCCGCCUGCUGUCGUCCUGGCGGCAGGUUGGCCCGGGCCGCAGGAGUGGGUCGACAUGGGAGGGGAGGGAAGUCGGAGGAUGUACCUGGACAAUGAGUCCUGGUACACCUGGAGGACCCGCGCGGGGGAGGUCUUUAUGGAGCGCGGGAACGACCUUUGGGUCCGCACUCAGGCGGCGUACCAGUAUCGUAAGUAGUGCUGGAAUGAAUCGGAUACAGGAAGAAAGAGAAGCUGACUUGGGGAAUCGUGUAGGGGAUGAGGAUACUGGUGCCUUGGUUGAGGUGCCGGAUGUAUGGCAGUGUGGGUGCUCAAAAGCUUGAACUGAAUGGGCAAGGGAUGAAGCUGACUUGAGAUGAAUUGAUAGACCUGGGGGCGUUGAGAUACUUGCCCCGUAGGGGUUAAGUUUCUCGACUGCCGACCAAGGAGAGAGCGCCUUCGCCGGCACAGUUUCUGACCGGUCCAACCAUGAGUACCACUAGGUGUCGCCGCAAGUGGUUGGUUGAUGUCCGCGAUGGACUAUGGUGGCAAGGCGGAAUGCUCGCAUCCUGUGUUCUCAUAUCGUGGGAGGGAGGUGGAGGUAUAUAUAUAUAUAUAUAUAUAUAUGGCUGAGGCUAGGUGACAUUUCCCCUUUCCAAAUUCGCGAGAUGAGACCACUUGGACUUCCGAUCCUCUCCGCGCAUGACCAUAAGAUCAGAGCUAACCCAUAUAUCAAGCCAAGUUAGAAAAGGGUCUGCUGUCGGAGAGUAACACUCUACUAUAACGCCGGUCGACGACGAUCUCUCGUUAUCAAGUACCGUUCAAAAUACCGAAAACACCUUCCGAAACAGCAAAGAAACGUCAAAUCCACAGCAUCCCCUGACCAAUUCGCAAUUUCCAAGUUAGACUUCCAACAAAGCAGAUCUCCCGAUGAUGCAUAUUGGAAUCUCCGUUCAUCAAGACGUACCCAUCGUUCCGAGGAGUUGGCGAACUCAACCGUUUUCUCGAACAAAUGCAAGCGAGCAACCCUGCCGACAUCAAGUACCAACGAGACAUGCGAAAACAGAAACACCUGAACAUCAACGAGUUGAAGGACAGCGCCUCUUUUGUCGAGAUCGGUGCCGAGAGAUCAAGCAUGCCAGAAGAAAGUACCCUUGGGAAUAUAUGCACUCAUUACAUGGCAUAUGCCCCCCAGGGCGUGAUAGGGGAAGAAGGAUGGGCGGCGAUCAUACGACUUCGGCUACGAGACCCACGCUACCAAACUGGCGGAUCACAACCACAAGCUCGUUCGAGGGACAAAAGAGAUUAUUCAACCAUCUCGGUCGCUUGCUCUUGUCAACCAAGUCAAGCCGCUCAAUGUUGGUAACAAGCAAGCUUCCAGCAACGGCCAAACAAGUGAAGCAGUCAAGGCAACCGAGGCAGCUCUUACAGCCAAGUCACUAGCGACCGAAAGACAAAAGGAUGUCCGCAUAUCAACCAUGAGUGAAAGCGAGGUUAUGGUCAAACUGAAGGAGGCAGUGCCAAAAGAUGACCCGAACAUGCCUUAUUCCGAGCAAAUGUUGGCGCUGUCAAUGGCAACGGUGACUGUUUGA